AUGCAGUCGUCCAGCAGUGUCGUGUGGGGGACGACUCCCUCCCAGGGUCAUAUUGGAGGAGGUACUGCAGUAGCUGCAGCUGGGCCUCUGCUACAACAGCCCUCCUCACUUUCCAAAGCCCCCGCUGUAUCCGGGAGCCAUGAUGCCAGUGGCCCCAUUGAUGGUAGCAGUGGGAUUCCAGGUGCCAACUUCAGUCCAAAUGCCAACCCUUCAGCCUGGCCGGCCCUAGUGCAGCAGGAUGGCCCCACUGCUGCCGGGGAAGGAGGUCUGACUUGCUUCCAUCAACAGGGUUCUGGAGGGUCCACCAACAACUCUGCCUCCUUGGGGCUGGGAGGCGGGGCGGUUGGGGUGCUCGGGGGUCACCCACCAAUAUCUGUGAAUCAGUCAAGCACCCAUCAGCACCAACUUCACCAAAUGCAAUCCAGAGACAGAGAAAUAGGAGGGGGGAAGUGGGAAGGUGAAUCAGCGGGACCAAAAAUUGCAGGGGGGGAAGGGAUCGGGGGAGGAAUGGACCAUGGUGUUGGAGGAGGUGGGAUGAGUGUGGGAGACCACAGCCUUGCCUCCUCAUGGAGAGGCCAACCUUCUUACCCUGCAGCUAACUCCAAAACGGGUGCCUCAAGGAAUGAUGGAUGGGAGGGUGGAGGAAGUGGAGGAUCAGGUGAUGCAGAAGGGGAUAAAGGGACCUUGGGUUGGGGAUAUCCUAGUUCCACAAGUGGGGUUAAUGCUUGGGGCAGUGCUGGAAGUGGGGGAAAUGGUGGUCAAACCUCCGGAGUAUCUCAGGGAGGGUGGGGGUUAUCAGGAAGUGGAGGAGAGAGAGGAGUUUUUGGAAGUGAUUGGGGUCGUAGCUCCCCUGGUAUUAGUGGUACUAAUCCAGGAAGUGAGGAAAUAGGAGCCUGCAGUAGUAAUAGCAGCAGUAGUGGAGGCAGCACAGCUGGUAUACUUCCUGUCGCUUCCUCCUCUUCAACAGCCACCACUUCAACCAGAGCCUGGGACAAUCAGAAAGAAGAGGGUGAGACAGUGGAGUGGGGGGAAGGAGAAGGACAAGGAACUCGAGGAGGAUCAUCAUCUAGUGGAGGAAAUUCCAGAAAUGGGAAUGCGCCUGGCUGCAAUCGUCCUCGUCGACCGGCACCUAAUGCUGAAGCUGCCUUACAGAGCCUGCUCAAUCGGUCUGAUCUGGACCCUCGGGUUCUAUCCAACACAGGCUGGGGCCAAACGCAGAUUCGACAAAACACAUCUUGGGAUGUUGAUGAAUAUUCUGCACAGAACAAAGGGGGAGCUUCAUUGAAAAACUCAUCCUCUCUUGGAAGUCAUAAUCAGUAUUCUAGUGGACCUAGAAACCUAAGCACUGACUCUGUUGGUCCGGGGGUCAGUCCCUCCCUGGUUACUUCGACUGGGUCUUCUGGAGAGGGGUGGGAGAGCAGCAGCAACAGUAGCAGUAGUGGAGCCUCGUCUGGGAGAGCCCUACCGCCCACAUGCUCCAACAUGAGGAAUCUAGGCGUCUCACAAUCUGGACCAGUGACCACAACCGUACCUGGUAUGGGGCCAGGGGUAAUACCUGCAGCUAGCCAGCAAGUAAAGCCCUGGGGUGGUGGAGGAGUUGGGAUUGGAGACAGCCAUGAUGCCAAGGGUUGGGGUAACGAGGAAUGGAGAAGCAGUAGUAGAGGAGAAAAGGGAGGAGGGUGGAGUGAUAUUGGCCAGCAAAAUCAAUCGGUCAGUGGAGGCUGGGGAGGAAGUCAGCAGGAGAAAGGGACAGGGGGGUGGAAAGAAAUAGGAAGGAAUGGAGAUGCAGGCGGUUGGGGAUCAGAACCGAAGGCUGCACCAAGUAAGGAUUGGGUGGAACAGGAGUCCAAAUCAAGUAGCGGUGGAGGGGGGUGGGGGGACGAGAGGAGGAAUGGAGGACACUCAGGUGGGGAUUCAGGUGUGGGUGGUUGGGGGAACUGGGAUGAGAGUGCUCCCCGUAGGACCUGGGGAGCCGGGGGCACAGGGGGAGGGGGCACCGGGGGAGGGGGGGUAGAUGCGGUUGGAGGAAUGGGGUCCAAAUCUCACCAGAGCUGGACUGGAGGAAACAAAAUGCACCAGAUGCCAAACAGCCAAUCGGGCUCUGUCUCAGGCCCACAGGCACAACUGCAACAGCAACAAUCACAGCCCCGUAAUCAGCUUCCACAGCAAGUGUUGGACCAAGGGGCUAUGCAAGGGUGUGGGGGAAGAAAACAGAUUUCCCAAGCCCAGACACAGAACCAAAGCUCAGGCUGGACCUCGGGACCCAUACCUGGUGUCUCUGGAGGAGGUGGAAGUGGAUCUGAACCAAGCGGGUGGGAGGAGCCCUCACCACAGUCCAUUAGUAGGAAAAAUGAGAUAGAUGAUGGAACAUCAGCAUGGGGAGACCCAACCCAUUACAAUUACAAGCCGGUCAACCUGUGGGAUAAGAACAGCAGUCCUGCUGGCCAGCAGCCACACGCACCGGUUCAGCUCCAGCAGCAGCAGCAGCAGCAGCAGCAGCAAGUUGCUCCUGUUCAGCAACAACCCAGCAGGCAGGCUGCAGGGCUUGGAAGCAACCGAGACUUUAACUCCGGCCCUGGAUCUACGAAAGCCUCCACCAUGGAUCCAUCGGGCUGGGGGAGCACUUCUGCAGCUAGCCCUACUGUUGAUAACGGUACAGCGGCUUGGGGAAAACCAACUGACACCCCAACGGGCUGGGGAGACCCUGAUGACGCUGGAGGGAAGACGACAUGCUGGGGAAACCCUUCUUCAAAUACGAUCAGAUCUGGUUCAAAGUCUAUGCAAGACGGCUGGGGGGACAAAGACAGUUCAGUGGCAGCCUCAAGGCACUCAAGCUGGGAAGAUGAAGAGGAAGGAGGUGGCAUGUGGAACAGCACCAGCUCCCAGGGAAGUGGAUCGUCUUGGGGACAGGGAAGCAACGGAGGCUGGGGACAAAGCCACUCUGGAAAGAAAACCAGCAACAAGGGUCCAAUGAAAUCUGGUGGAGGAGAUUCAUGGAUGAGUCCCAUCAACAGACAGUUUUCUAACAUGGGCUUACUAAAUGACGAUGCCAGUGGGCCAAACAUUGACCUUGCUCCAGGUUCUCUCCAGGAGAAAAAGAUGGAGGCAGAAAAAAGAGGCAUAGGAAUGAAUGAUUAUAAUGGAGACAUGAGAAAAAGAGGAGGAGGAGGGGGUAUGAUUUAUCGCCCCCCAGGGUCCAAAGAGCCAGCACCAGGAGAUUCUGGUCCUUACUAUGACAAGACUUUGCAUUUGAUCAAUCAAGAUGGGUGCCUUGGGGAGGAGGGUCCUAGCUCUCUGUACUCACCACCCUCUGUCUACAAGCCCCAUACCCUCUUCAACCACUCUAUCCCCUUUAGACAAGGUGGUCACAGUAUCUUUAGCAGUUCAGGAGGGAUGGCCCAGUCAAGACAUCAGCCAAGUAUCCCGCAGAUGAACCAGUCCCCAGGGAUACGAGCGCAAGUGCCUCAUCAGUUCCUGUCUCCCCAGGUGCCAGGCUCCGUGCUGAAGCAGAUGGCCCCCUCCAGCGGGAGCGUGGGGGGUGUUGGAGGCAUGGGGGGGGUUGGAGGGGUGGCAGGAGUCGGAGGAGUCGGAGGAGGUGUUUUUCCUCCACAGCUGUCUCCUCAACAUAUUGCCAUGCUCAGCAGCAUCUACCCACCUCACAUCCAGUUUCAACUGGCUUGUCAGCUCCUCCUCCAGCAGCAGCAGCAGACACCGCAGCAGCAGCAGAUGCUGCAAAACCAGAGGAAGUUCACUCCGAGCGUCCGGCAGCAGGCCGACCCUCAGCAGCUGGCGAGGAUCAUGGCGAUGAUCCAGCAGCAGCAGAGGCAGCCCCACCAGGUCGGAGGUUUAGGUGGCAGCUCCAAACUCUCCCCCUCCCACCAUGGUGGAGUGGGUCCCAAACUGCCUGGGGCUGAUCCCUUGCCCCACCCAGGCUUGGCUGGUUCAAUGGCUGAAAUCCACCAGAAAUCUCUAGGACCAUACUCUGGCUUUAGUUCUGGGGUGAACCUUCCAGGUUUUGACGUGGGUAGCUCCAUGAUGGGGGGGCCUGGAGCCAUAAAGGAUGUCGGGGGUCAGCAGUCUCGUUUUAAGUGGGUAAUGGAGGGAAACUGUUCUCCCGACACUUCCUCGCCUGAGAACGCAUACCACAAAAACGGUCCUAUUACCCCCAUAAAAAUGCCAGGGAGCUCACCUUACUCCCAGUACGACAUGAUGGUUGGAGACGGGCUGAGUGAGAACUGGCAUCGCACCCCCGGCAACAAGAUGGGCACCAAGCCCCCCAACACGCCAAGCUGGCCUCCUGAGUUCCAGCCGGGUGUCCCAUGGAAGGGAAUUGACCGCGUUGAUCCUGAGACCGACCCCUACAUGACCCCCGGGAGCAUGAUGCUGAGCGCAGUGUCCCCCGGUCUCAACGACUCAGAGCACCAGUUGCUGCAGGACAAUACUGAUUCCACCCCUCCCCUGAACACCUUGCUGCCUUCACAUAAUGCCUGGCCUUACAGUGCCUCAGACAGCCCCCUCAACCAUGCACACAACUCAGCAAAGUACACAGACUACAAGACCAGCUGGCCUCCAGAGCCCAUUGGACACAAGUCCUGGAAACCCAGCCCUGGCAGCAGCCAGGCCCAGCUUUCCCGCCCACCUCCAGGCCUCAUCAGCCAAAAGCGGCCAUCGCCGUCCCCUUGGUCAGGGGGAGCACCUCGAUUCGCUGGCCGCGGCUGGGGGAGUAGCUCGAGCACUUCUGGCUCAGCCUGGAGUGAUGGCAGCUCGCGGGAUAGCUGCUGGUUGGUGCUCAGCAACCUCACACCGCAGAUCGACGGCUCCACUCUGAGAACUAUCUGCAUGCAGCAUGGUCCCUUGCUGACCUUUCACCUCGGCCUGACACAGGGCACUGCUCUGAUUCGCUACGGCUCCAAACAGGAGGCAGCAAAGGCCCAGAGCGCUCUGCACAUGUGUGUUCUGGGGAACACGACCAUCUUGGCAGAGUUUAUGAGUGAGGAGGACGUGGCUCGCUAUAUUGCACAUUCCCAGGCCGGGGGAGCGGGGAGUGGAGGGACGGCAGCCGGCUCUGCGGGCGCGGGGCCCGCGGGGACCCCCGCCGUGGGCGCCGGCAGUAACGGAGGGAGCUGCGAGAGGGGAGGAGGCGGAGGCAGCGGCGUGGGCGUGGUCGAGGGGGCCCCCGCAGCCGGAGGAGCGGGAGGCGGCGGGGCCGCGUCCUCCAGCUCAGGGUGGCAGAGUCUGGACAGCACAGGCAGCUCAUCGGACCAGGCCGCCGCCCAAGGGCCCGGGCUGGGCAUCUUCGCCCAGUGGAGCAGCAACGGAUCGGCGGUGGGCGGGGCCGGAGGGGUGGAGGCCGGACGGCAGGGCCUGUGGGGGGGGGAUGGGCGGCAUGGGCGGGAUGAGCGGAGCUGGGUAUCCCAGCAGCAGCCUCUGGGGCUCUCCAGCACUUGA